AUGCAUCUUCAACGACCACCCUCGUCAUUUCACACGUCCGCCUCGCCGAAGCCAGAUGUUUCAUGGUCAUCGUUUUUGAUGGUUUACUCAAUCCCGUUCAUCUUGGUACUCACUGUGGCGUGCAUCAUCAAAUGGCGACCAAUUCGAGAGUUUCCGAAUAUCAGGAGCUUUUUGAGUUGGUACUGCUCGUGCUCCCCGAAAAAAGUGAUCCAAGAACUCGAACAACCCGACCGAACCCAUAUGAUUAUGUCCAUCGAUGCGCAGAGUCUUGCCUCAAUGUCUUCAGUCAUCGACUCUCCACUUCUAGUCCGUGAAGAGGAGAGUGAAAGAUUCGAGUCUACUGCGAUACCAUGA